UCGUUACUCCCAGACUGCCAGCACGCGAGGCGACGAUGACUCGAAUUCCUUUGCGUCGUCUCCCGGCAAUUCUUCUUCCUCUGCGAUCGACUGUUUUCCUAGAAAUUAGGGCUCUGUACGUCUCUCUCUCUCUAUAGCGGUAGGGAUCUUCGCGGCAAUGGCGUCUGUAGGUGGUGGAGAAGAGGGGGACUCCCUCCUCACAGUCGACGAGAGUUCGACGGGUGCAGCUGCCACGGGGUCGCGGGAAAACCACGCACGAGACGUUCACUUGCUGUGCGUUGCGUUCCUGCUCAUCUUCCUGGCUUAUUCGGCUGCUCAGAACCUGGAGAGCUCGGUGAAUUCUGAGAAUGAUCUGGGCACAACGUCCAUGGGAAUUUUGUAUCUUUCAUUAACGCUCUUUUCGUUGGUGGCAUCUCCUAUAGUGAAGAAAAUUGGUUCCAAGAAUGCAUUACUUUUGGGAACAACUGGUUAUUUGAUAUUUAUUGCUUCAAAUUUGAUUCCAAAAUGGUACACAAUGUUUCCUGCUUCAGUCUACCUUGGCUUUUCUGCUUCCAUUAUUUGGGUUGGGCAGGGAACAUAUCUUACAUCUGCUGCUCGUAGCCAUGCAAAUGAUUCCCAUUUACAUGAAGGAACUGUUAUUGGGCACUUCAAUGGGGAAUUUUGGGCAAUGUUUGCAAGCACACAGGUUGUAGGUAAUCUGCUCUCAUUCAUACUAUUGAAAAAUAAAACGGAGGAUGAACAUGUUAGUCGCACAACUUUGUUGUUUAUGGUUUUCCUUGGGAGCAUGGCAUUGGGAACCAUAUUGAUGUGUUUUCUGCAUAAACGGGAUACCAAAAAGGAGGAGGUUUCAGAUGAUUCCCGUUGUCAUUUCUCCUGUUCAGGAAUAGCGAACUCAAUUGUAGCCCCCCUCCUUAACCAAAGGAUGCUUUUGCUUAUUCCUCUUCUUGCAUAUUCAGGCCUGCAACAAGCAUUCAUAUGGGAUGAAUUCACCAAAUAUAUAGUAACUCCUGCACUUGGUAUAUCUGGCGUUGGAGGUGCAAUGGCAUUAUUUGGUGCAUGCGAUGCAAUUUGUUCGCUGGUCUCAGGCAGACUUACUUCAAGUCUUAUUUCCAUUACAGUGAUAAUUUCUCUUGGGUCUUUCUUUCAAAUUUGCGUGCUUUUCUGGAUGCUAUUUAAAUACAGCCUAGUAGCUGGAGCAUCGAGAACCUUGUAUCCAUUGCUUAUGGCAGCCUUAUGGGGAAUAGGUGAUGGAGUUUACAAUACCCAGAUAAAUGCGCUUCUUGGCAUGCUCUUCAAACAUGACAUGGAAGCAGCUUUUGCUCAAUUAAAGGUGUGGCAGAGUGCCUCUACAGCAAUUGUUUUUUUUCUAAGCUCGUACAUUUCUUUUCAUGCUAUGUUGACCUUGAUAGCUGCAGCAAUGUGUGUUGCUCUAGGUGGGCUUACGGUGCUCACAUUUAAGGUAGAAAAAGCUUUUAUUGGAACCUGACAUUAAUUGCAUGUCUCCGAUUGUCACAUUUGGCUACCUUCAGAUUGUCAUGUAUUGCUAUUAUUUUUUCCUAAUGUCCAAUUGGGAUGGUACAAUUCAAGGUGUAGACAAGGAAGUUGUUUUCCUACCCAGUACCCAUGCUAACACAAGGUGACGUUUAUGACUUACAUAUCACACAAAAUAUUUGUCCCCGGAAAAGUGCUUGGGCCACUAUAUUUGUUUACCUAUAACAAUCUUGCUUUUACCUGGUGUAAUUUCCUGAUGCUUUUCUUUGUUUGAGAGAACUGCAGCUGUACUGUAUGACCUUUUCAUGAUGUAUUUCACUGUUAACUGGUUGCCUAACGCAGUAUCUCAUGGAUUCAUCCCUCUUGUGCAAUUGUCCUUAAUGUGAAAAACAUUUCAUCA